CGCCACCGCUCAAAUGUUCUUUGUGGCAAUUAAGUGCCAGUUAGCGGGUAGCUGCACACAUUUUCUCUUAAGCAAUCUAUCAAUCUAUCAUAGUAAGUCUUUAUUAUUCAUGGCAAAGGAAAAAUGAAAAACGCCUUCUUCAGAAAGUCUGUGCACGCCACCGAGACGGGCUGUGCGUGCGUGCGCGCACGCAACCAUCCGUGUCCUAAAUGUGGACAUUCGUCUCAGUGUGCUUAGAUCAUUUCGGUGUUCAUCGUACAGCAAUGUUGCGCUGGUGUUGUUCAACGGAGCAGGAGAGGGCGGCCAUCGAGGUGGACAGAAAGAUAGAUAAAAUGCUCAGAGAGCACGCUCGUUUGCUGCGCCGGGAGUGCAGCAUGUGCAUAAUCGGCAUGGACAACAGUGGGAAAACCACCCUCUUCAGACAGAUGCAAAUGAUCCACGAAGGGGGCUAUUCUGUGCAGUACCGGAAGGCCUUCGCCGAGACGGUCUUUCAGAACGUCUUCACUGCCAUCAAGGCCCUGACCGAGGCCAUGAUCACCCUCAACAUCCCCUACACAAGCCCAGAGAACCAGCUGGACGCACAGUGGAUCCAGGACGUGGAGACGCGGCAGGUCACCACACUGGAAGCCCAACACACCGACGCCAUCCGCCGCCUCUGGGCUGACCCGGGUAUCAGGACCUGCUACGGCCGCCGUCGAGAGUUUCAGCUUCUGGACUCCACCGAGUACUUCAUGAACAACCUGGACCGCAUAGCUGCCCCGGGGUACGUCCCCACUGACCAGGACGUGCUGAGGGCCAAAACGAACAACAAAUCUGUUGAGUAUUCCUUCGACACCGGAGAGCACUUCUUAAGGAUAUUUGAGCCUGAUUUAUUCCACCACCGCAGAUUCAGACACAUCAUGAUGGAGGCGAAUUUCUUCAUCUUUGUGGCCUCUCUCAGCGAAUACGACCAGUUUGGCCCCUGGUCGUCCAACCCCCCCGACCCCUUCGAGCACCUCGUAAGGGAAGGUGCGCAGUGUUUCUGCAGCUGUGUCAACAACCGCUGCUUCCGCCACAUUCCUUUCAUCCUCUUCCUCAACAAGAUGGACAUCCUGGCUGAGAAGAUCCAGACGUCCGACCUCCAGAUCUACUUCCCCGAAUUCACAGGGAAAAAAGGUGAUGCUGAAGCAGCCAUGGACUUUAUCCGGGGGCUGUACCUGAGCAGGGUCCACGUGGAGAGUAAGCAAUUGUAUGUCCACUUCACCUGUGCCAUCGACACGGAGAGCAUCCGCCAGGUCUUCAACGACAUCAAGGGCAACAUCCACAACAAGUACCUGAAGAACUGCCUUCUGUAGUGACCUCUGACAUGCUCUUCUCUCCUUGCUGGCACCAGUGCCACCAGCACGAGAUAUUACCAUAGAGCAGGGGUAGGUAACCCUGGACAUUCCAGAAACGUUCCUGGUCUUUUUCUCCACCAAAACCUCUAUAACUGCAAAAUUGUAUUCAUCAUUUGGGUUAAUGAACGCAAACGACCAUGUGCUGAAAUUAUUCAGCUGUUUCACUAUUCAGGCUCAUUCUUCUCAGACUCUAAAUAGUUAAUCAAUAAAGGUCUCGUAGUCAAGCUAGGAUGGAGUAAAAACCAAAAAGAUGA